AUGCCCUUUGAUCUUACCAAAGUCAUUAGACCCAAUAUUUUGGCAUUGAAACCAUAUCGAUGUGCUAGAGAUGAUUAUAGUGAAGGUGUCUUAUUGGACGCCAAUGAAAAUGCCUAUGGUCCUGCUUUGACAGGUGAACACAAGGGAGACUUGAAUCGAUACCCAGAUCCAUAUCAAUCUCAAGUGAAAGAACGUAUUAUGAACCUUAGAGGACUAAAGUCUAUUCAAAACCUAUUUUUGGGCGUUGGUUCAGACGAAGUAAUUGACUUGCUCAUUCGAAUUGCUUGUGUGCCUGCAAAAGACAAGAUCUUGAUUACUCCUCCUACCUAUGGAAUGUACUCUGUAUGUGCUCAAAUUAACGAUGUUGAAGUUGUCAAGUCUAAGCUUGUAGUUGAAAAUGGUGCUUUCCAACUUGACCUGGAAAAUGUCUUUUCUUGCAUUAAGACAAACCCAGAAAUUAAAAUAGUCUUUUUGUGUUCACCAGGAAAUCCUACAGGCACUUGUCUGACUCACGACAGUAUUCGUGCUGUUUUAGAAUCCGAUUACCAGGGCCUUGUUGUUGUUGAUGAAGCAUAUGUUGACUUUGUUGAUAAGGAAGAAGGUUCAGUUGCCACCUGGGUUGAUAAGUAUCCCAACUUGGUUGUCAUGCAAACACUCAGUAAAAGCUUUGGUCUUGCUGGCAUCAGGCUAGGUAUUGCUGUAGGACAUCCUGAGUUGAUUCAAAUCUUGAACAACACAAAGGCACCUUAUAACAUCGGUACACCCAGUGCCCUGAUUGCUGCUGAAGCAUUAUCAGAAGAAGGCCUGCAAAAGAUGCACGAUUACCGUCAACGUCUGAUCGAUCAACGUGGAUUGUUGAUUGAAAAGUUAAAGGCUAUCUCUGGUACAGGCCGUAUCUUGGGCGGUAAUGAUGCCAACUUUGUUCUUGUCGAGAUUCUCGGAUCCGAUGGACAGCCCUGUAAUGAUCGUGCUCACAAAGUUUACAGCAUGAUGGCUGAAGCUCUGGGCGUUGUCGUUCGUUUCAGAGGAACAGAGUAUGGCUGUAACGGAUGUCUGAGAAUCACCGUGGGCACUGAAGAAGAGAAUGCAAAGAUGCUUAAUAUGCUGGAAAAGGCAUUGAAGGAUACAGCCUAG